AUGGCUACUACAGAACUCUAUUUGAAAAGAACGCUUACCGACGUAUUGGAAGACGAGCUAUAUCAUUUGACUCCAACUUCGAACAUAUAUCAAACACAUCCUACUCACCCAUGCUAUUUGCAUUCUGAUCCCAAUCAUAUCCCACUCCAUGAUCGUCUCUCCAACAAUCAACUGUAUCUGUCGUCGUCCUCUUCAUCAUCAUCGCCGCAAGUUUCAUCAUCCUCAAGUUCUUCCGGCUUAGAUCAACUUAAUGAAUUAAAUUGGGAUCAUGAUGAAAACUUCCUUAAUGUAAGCUUACAAGAUUUAAAUAUCUUCAAUAAAUAUGCUGAUCCGUCAUUAACUACUACAACAACACCUACUUCAUCAUCUCCCUCUUCCAAUAAGGUAAUCUCAUUCUCAUGUCCAAAUGCAAUUAAAGAUAAAUUCACCAAUAUCGAUAUUAAUAAAUUGAAAAGUAUUCAUUUGAAAAGAACGAAAAAUCAAAAAAGGAAAGCAUUGGUAUCAACUAUGAAUGGUAAUGGCCGUGUCAAUCAUAUGAAGAAAAUAAAUGGAAUCAUAAAUAAAACAAAUAAAAACAAAAUUAGCACAAAUACUCUAUCGCCACCAUUAUCAACAUCAACAUCAACAGCAUCAAUAGAACCUGUAAUAAAUACGAUAAAUAUGGAAUCUAUCGAAAAAAUUCCAAUGACAUCUUCAACUUCUUCCUCUUCUUCUUUGAUUCCUUUGAAUGUUAUGCUCUAUGGUAAUGGUACCACGACAGCUUCUUCCUUAACUCUUCCAAAUAUGGACCUGAACGACAUUAAUUCAACUAUUAAAGCUGAACUAAUAGAUGAGUUCCCCUUAGAUACUCAAGAAGCUAUGAACAUGGAAAACACGCCAACUUCUAAUAAUAAUAUGAUAAUAUCCCAAGAUCAUGGUGAUAAUAACAACUUAUUUGCAGAUUCCAUGGAUUCGAAAUUAGAAUGGCUUCCACAAAUACAAAACAACUCACUGGAUGCAAAAUCAAUAAUAUUCGAUAAUGAAAUUAAAGCACAACAACAGCAACAAGGAACCAAUAAUAUAGAUGAUCUUUCAGACAUAGAAGAUAACAAUGACAUAUUUGACAAUAUGGAAUAUCCAUUGACGACGACGACCACUACCACCACGGCCGAACUAACCACGAGGGCGCCAGAGAUAAAUGCUGGAAGUUUUGGUAAUUUUAACGAUUUCUCAUCUCCUUCAUCUUUGCCAAAUUCACCCCCAUCAUCGUCAUGUUCGUCUCCUUCUUCACCUUCGAUAGUGGAAACUAUUUUAAAUGGAACACAAAUACAAUCUCAAGAUAUCUUAUUGGAGAAAGUGUCGCAAAAAGCAUCUAAGACAAAUUUGAAAUUGAAAAUGAAAUCAAAGACUAGUAAACCAAGAGCUAAAAAAUGUGAUAACCUUUCAAAAGAUAUGUGUGAUAAACUUAAAGCAUCUAUUGAACAUCAAUUAGAAAAUAAAUCGAUAACUUCUUUGCAAGAACAAUCGUCAUCGACUCGAAUAAUAGAUGCUGAUAUUGGUCCGACUAAUACAUCCAAUGUGACUAAGAACGACGAUACCAAUAUGAAUAAUACCAUGGGAGAAACCUAUACAUGUAGGAUUAUCAAUUUAACCACGAAUGAACCAUGUUCUGCGCAAUUUUCAAGGUCAUAUGAUUUAACAAGACAUCAAAAUACUAUCCAUGCAUCAAAGAAGACAGUAUUCCGUUGUUCUGAAUGUAUUAAAUUAUUAGGCUCUAAUGGGUUUGAGAAGACGUUUUCCAGAUUAGAUGCUUUAACAAGACAUAUUAAAUCUAAGCAUGAAAACUUGAAUACUUUUGAAAGAAGACAAGUAACUAAAUUCGCAAAGGAAAAUAUUGGUUACGUCUUAGGAUAA